AAUUGAAAUGAUGAUAAUGAAAAUUUGAACCUGUGUCACGAUCAGUUAUGAAUUCACCAGGAUAGGAAAUGAAAAAAAAUGAAUUCAGCGAUAGCCCGACAGAUCGAUCGAGACCGAGUCGACUCCCGAUUACGUUUUCUCUUACACAUUCACUUUUCUCUGUACAUAAUGCAGCGAUGACGAAGAGCGGAGUUUCGACAAACAAUAUAUUGCGUGACGAGGACCAAGCUUUUUUGCGUACAUUGCAGUUGGUUUUUGUGUUGCUCUCCCUUCCUCGACGUUCAUUCGUCGCGAGACGUUUUUUGGGCGAAACGUGUUCUCCGGAGAGAGAUACCGUUACGCGUUCCUUCAUCGACAUUUGAGCGCUUAGAGGCUUUUUAUUCCUUGAUUUCUUUCUCGAUCGAGAGAGAGAGAGAGAGAGAAACGUACGAAUCCGAGAGGGAAAUUUAUUGUGCAAAAAUUUUGUAUAUCAUCGACCGUGAUCGAAGCGAGACAAGUUUGUAUGGCGUAAAUGUUGUUUAAUGAAAAUAGACAUAAAAACAAACGAGGGGCGAGAUGGGAUCGAGGACCGGGAGGGGAGAAUCCAGAGGGAGAUAUUUUUUGGUCCAGCCAGAUCCGAGCUGUAUACGGUAUAAAAGUACGAUCGAUAUCGACAGGUGUAUCAUUCUUAUUCGGGUUACUGUCAGUGACAUCGCUGUUUCAACGAAUAAUGGCCUCUAAGUUUGCGGUAGUUUUGGGGUUGCUUGCGCUGGUGGGAUUUGAGAUUACGUUGGCGGGUCACGCGCACAGCUUUGCCCAUUUUCACGGACCUGUCGAAGGCCCAGGCCACGAGGUAACAGUUCACGACAAGCAUGGACAUCACGCUGUCGAUUACGUGGCUCAUCCCAAGUACGAGUUCGCCUAUGGGGUUGAGGAUCAUCACACGGGCGAUUAUCACGGCCAAAAGGAGCAUCGGGACGGAAAAAACGUUGCCGGGGAAUACACGAUAAAGGAGCCGGGUGGCAACGUCAGAACUGUCAAAUACCACGCGGAUCCUCAUGGAGGAUUCUUCGCCCACGUCCAUAAUUCCGGUGGAAAUGAUCAUUCCGGAGGAACUUACGGUGGAUAUCACGGACAUCACGGCCACCAUUGAUUCAAAGUGUUGUUAAAACGAAUCGUGCUCAUAUUUAUAUUAUGUUUGCGGACCGAGUUGUUGUUAUAUGAUUUCCACGUUUUUUUUCUAAAUAAUUAUGUACCGUUUGAUUUGUUUGUUAAUUAAAUUCUCAGUGCCACAUGAAAAUAUGCUUGAAGUCUCGCAGUUCCCAUUGCAAACCUUGUUUUUCCAUGAUUGUCCGCCAUUUUGUCCGUCAUUUUGAAUUACUCCAAUAAUGUAUUUUCCGAUAUGGA